GAAUAGCUCAGUCAUCAUCCGCGUUGCUUCAUUUCUCGUCAACCUCGCACAUCCAACCAACCACCGCCAUCCAACCAUCAACCGAGUCUAUCCAACCACCCAUCAAAGGCAGGCAGGCAGGCAAGAUGGAGGGAGACACAAAACAGGAAGACCAGCCACAGCGUGUGGUUGUUGUGUCGUAUGGAAAAUCAAAGUACACCAUUGACACGACGGCCAUGGAAACAGUCGGCGAUUUGAAAGCUCGCUUGGCUGAGCUGGCCAACGUGGAGAUGCACAACCAAAAGCUCUUGCACAAGAGUCGGCAGCUACAGGACGACACGGAGCUCUCAGAUUUGAAGCUGCGCAAGCGCACGACCAUGAUGCUUGUUGGCACACAGCAAAGCCAAGUUGAGCAGCUCAAAAAGACCGAGCAGAAAUUCGAGGCGCGGGAGCGGGCGUUGGCAAAGCGUGGAGCGGUUGUCACCACAUCGCCAAUGGCAGCCCAGGAGAUGUUGUUUGGUGCACUUGAGCCGCUCCCCGAUUCAGGCGACCCAGCAGCACCGCCGGCAUCGGCCGCCCUCGACCUCCUCAAGCGCCUCGCCGCGGACCCAAACAUAUACGCCAUCAUGAAGAAGCACAACUGGCGUGUUGGCAUACUGAAGGAGUUUGCGCCGAGCUUGGAAACAGGCAUCGUCGGCGUGACAGAUUCGUGCUUGCUCGGAUACAACCAGAACAAAGGACAGGUGAUUGCGCUUCGGUUGCGUACGGACGACUUUGAAGGCUUUCGGCACUACCACGUCAUCAUCCAGACCUUGCUUCACGAACUGGCACACAUGGUUCACAGCAAACACGACCGGAAGUUCUGGGACCUGUUCCGGCAGUUGCGCAAGGAGUAUGACGAGCUUCACUGGACCAAAUCGGGUGGGAGGCAACUGCAAGGUGCGUCAUCAUCAACAACAUCAUCAGCGUCAACAGCAGCAUCGUCAUCAUUUCAUCCUCACACCGGUGGCAGCAGCAGUACGGGUGGCACGCAGACACCCGCGUUUGCCGGCACAGGUCACACUGGGCAGCGGCUCGGGGGCGGCACAGCCCCACUCACACCAACACCGACACCAACACGAACAGCAACAGCAACAGCGGCACGUGGCAGUGGUGGUGGCGGUGGCCGGGGUCAGCCAAUGACGGCUGCAGAGGCUGCGCGAGCAGCAGCACUCCGACGAUUGCAGCACACGGAAGACACGUCCACGUCUGCACCUGGUGUUGAUGGUGGUGGUCGUGAUGAUGCUGGUCAUGUGAAUGGUGAUGGGCGUGGGGAAAGCAAGGCGAAGAAGCAUCGCCAAGGACGCACAGGUGGUGGCAGCGAUGGCGGCGGCUGUGGUGAUGGCGACACGAACACCACAAACACGGCCGAGUGCAGGGUGAGCUCGAAUGAUAUGGAUGUUCAAUGUGAUGGUGAUUGCAGUGGUCGGGGUCACGUGGCGCAUGUUGACGUCAGUGAUGGUAGCGGUGGCGUUGGUGGCAGUGGUAACGGCGACGAGCAACUGGUGGUGCGCGUGCGUCGCGAGACGCGACCAGGUGAGAUCACGCCUGAGCGGAGGGAGGAGAUCUAUCGUAACGCCAUGUUGGCGGAGAUGAGGGCGGUGGGUCCAGACCCGUUUACAUACCGGCCGCGGCGCAGCGUUAAAGUUGGCAAAGAGUACCAAGCAGUCCUCCCUGAUCUGCUGCCCGCGCCCAAACCCGACAUCACAGAUGCCACCACUCGCGAUGAUGCUGAUGACGAUGGUGACGAUGGUGAUGGUGGUGAUGGUGGUGGUCAGAGCGGUGUUGAAAUAAAUGAGGGGGAAGCGUUGCGGGAGACACCCGUGUCACUUGAUGCUGUUGUUGUCCGCUCGCGCCAUCGUGGUGGUGGUGUUGGCGGUAGCAUACAGGAGCGGAAGUGAUAUGGUUGCAGCCGAGGCAGCAAGGGCAAGGGUGUGUCGCAUGUAUGGUGUGUUCUCUUCUUGUGUACGUGUUUGGAACGGUGUCCACAACAGCGCAAAUACACCUCCAGCUGUCUCCCCCUCCCUCCUUCAGACCACAUGUACAUGUGCAGCACGGGUCGUAUCUCCCUUGUGAAUGAAUCAAAACUCGGGG